CGCCUCCUCCUCCUCCUUCCUCCUCCUCCUCCGCUGGUCCUCCUCCUCCUCCUCCCUCCCCCCCCAGUCCCCGCGCAAGGGAAACUCCAAGGACACCCCGAGGCCGGGAGGGAAGCAGCCGGCGCCUCGCUCUCUCUCUCUCUCUCUCCCCCCACGGCAAUGUCCAAGGGCUUGAAGAAGAAAAACCACUGGACGAGCCGGGUCCAUGAGUGCGCGGUGGUGAGGAACGCCGAGGGCCAGCUGGGCUUCGAGCUGAAGGGGGGAGCCGAGAACGGGCAGUUCCCCUACCUGGGGGAGGUCAAGGCCGGCAAGGUGGUCUACGAGAGCGGCGGGAAGUUGGUGGCCGAGGAGCUGCUGCUGGAGGUGAACGAGACCCCCGUGGCCGGCCUCACCAUCCGGGAUGUGCUGGCCGUCAUCAAGCACUGCAAAGACCCCGUCCGGCUGAAGUGUGUCAAGCAAGGUGGAAAACGCAGGAUAGCAGCCCUUUUCCAGCCCUCGGAAGUCCUGAGCAGUGGUAAG